GGGAAGAGGUGGACUGACAACUCAUAGGGCCCCCGGGCAAUAGGGGAUCAUGGGACCCCUGUGUCCUUGCCCACAUUCAAAAAAAGCCUAUAAAAAGGUACCAGGGGCAUUUCAUGGGGCCCCCUACUGACUCUGGGCCCUCGGGCAGUGCCCGAGUUCUGAAUGGUCAGUCCACCCCUGGACAAGGGUAUUACCUGGUACGACAAUUCUCGGCCUACAUAGGUAAAUGUACUUUUUUGCGCACAAUUUCUAUUCUCGUUGUCAUCUUCUUGCAGGCUUUUUUGAGUUUGGGCAAGGACACAGGGGCCCCAUGAUCCCCUAUUGCUCGGGGGCCCCAU